AUGGCCUCCCUCCCCCAACCUCACCCCCGCCCCUGCAGACACCACCUUGACCACCACACCUCCACCGGCGGCCACCUCACCACCCUCCUCGACGCUGGCUGCGGCCCAGGCAUCGUCAUCCGCGCCCUCGCCCCCCACUUCACCCAUGCCAUCGGCCUCGACCCCUCCGAAGGCAUGGUCUCCACUGCCCGCUCUCUCGGCGGCACCUCCUCCACCGCCGAACCCAUCCGCUUCGAGAUCUCGACGGCCGAGGAGCUGGGAGUAAAGCUCGACCCCCCGGUGGAGGAGGGUAGCGUCGAUCUAAUCGUCGCGGCCACCGCGGCGCAUUGGUUCGAUAUGGAGGCGUUCUGGCCGCGGGCAGCAAAGGUUCUGAAGCCGGGAGGGACGGUGGCGUUCUGGUACCGAUAUCUUCUGCUUUAG